AUGUUGAGUAGGCUGUCUAUCCGACCCAAUGCAAUCAAUGGAUCAAGAUCUUCAUCACAAAAGCGUGUCCCGAAAAUUGCAAGUGACGUACCAUCUAAUGGAUCAGCAGAGAGUAGUAACACACAAACAGCAUUAGACGCCGCUAAUGCCGUCGUUGCGGUUGAUGGAAUCGUGACAAAUUUACCGGCAUCGUCCGAUAAAUUUGAUGCAAGGUCGCUAGAUGUUCCUGCUGGUAGCGAAGUAGUAGUCUUGUCGGAUGCUAAUUUGGAAAGACGGCAAAGCAUACGAUCGGAAAGACGCAAAGCUGGUUUUAUAAAGUGCUUGAACGAAGAUGUUGUUCGAAUGGAUGAAUUACGUACACUUGCUUGGGCCGGAGUGCCUGAUGAUCUACGUCCGAUCAUAUGGAUGUUGUUGCUAGGCUAUCUACCUCCAAACAAAGCGAUGAGAAAACAAGCUUUGGCACGCAAACGAGCAGAAUACGUAAGUGGUGUACGGAACGCAUUUCAACGGGGUACAGAAGAAUUGGAUCAGGCGAUAUGGCAUCAAAUCCAUAUUGAUGUUCCUAGGACAAAUCCGGGCAUCCGUCUAUGGCAAAGGGAAGUGACGCAAAGGGCAUUAGAGCGUAUUCUUUAUGUUUGGGCCAUCAGACAUCCGGCGAGCGGCUACGUGCAAGGUAUCAAUGACUUAGCAACACCAUUCUUUGAAGUGUUCUUAGGCGCUUAUAUCUCUACAGAUCCUGAGGAGUAUGACAUUGCGCUCUUACCGCCUGCUGCUUUAGAGGCUCUAGAAGCGGAUACGUUCUGGUGUCUAUCGAAACUUUUGGAUGGCAUUCAGGACAACUACAUCUUUGCACAGCCUGGAAUUCAACGGCAAGUUAGAAGGAUGGGCGAAUUAGUAUCUCGAAUCAAUCCUGCCUUGCAUGGACAUCUGGAAGAUCAAAAUGUGGAAUAUAUGCAAUUCGCAUUUAGAUGGAUGAAUUGCUUAUUGAUGAGAGAAAUGAGCGUUAGAAAUAUCGUUCGAAUGUGGGAUUCGUAUUUGGCAGAAGGACCAGAUGCAUUUUCCGAAUUUCACCUUUUCGUUUGUGCUGCAUUCUUGGAUCGUUGGAGCGAUGAAUUACGUCAAAUGGACUUUCAGGGCAUCAUUAUGUUUUUGCAAAGUUUGCCUACCCAGAAUUGGUCCGCAAAAGAAACUGAAUUAUUGCUCGCAGACGCAUUUGUAAAAAAGAGUCUUUUUGGCGGAACCGCUCAUCUGACCAAUUGA